AAAUUAAAAAGAAAUAAAAUAAUUAAAGAUUUGGCUUACUUUCUGCAAAAAUUCACAGAAAGUCUGUCGAGAAGAGUAGACCCUUAAGACCCUUUUGUUUUAUUUUUACUUUUAUUGUUUUCUUUUAAUUUGUAGUGUUUUUGCUUGUCAUUACAAACCCUUCUUUAUUGAUGGUGCUGUGUUUCUCCUUUUUCUUCUGCAACCACCGCAACUAAAACCCUUUUCUUUUCUUUUCUUUGCCAUCUCAUUCUUCGAAACAGAAAAAAUAUAUAAAAAAAAGAACAAUCUUUGAGUUAACAGAAAAACAGGAAAGAUAGCUAUGUCAGGUUUGUAUAAUCCCAACUUCUCACCUGCAAGAGCUGCUUCUCCUCAGAUUAGAAGCACUCCUGAUGUUGACAGUCAGUACUUAUCAGAGUUGUUAGCUGAGCAUCAAAAGCUUGGACCUUUCAUGCAGGUUCUUCCCAUAUGUAGCCGACUGUUAAAUCAAGAAAUUUUUCGGGUUUCAGGAAUGAUGUCCAACCAAGGAUUUGGAGAUUUUGACAGGUUGAGGCAUAGAAGCCCCAGUCCCAUGGCUUCAUCAAAUCUUAUGUCUAAUGUUUCUGGAACAGGUUUAGGCAGUUGGAAUGGCCUUCCUCAAGAGAGAUUAAGUGGGCCUCCUGGAAUGACGAUGGAUUGGCAAAGUGCACCUGCGAGCCCUAGUUCAUACACUGUGAAAAGAAUUUUGCGUUUGGAAAUUCCAGUAGAUACUUAUCCCAAUUUCAAUUUUGUGGGGAGACUUUUGGGCCCUAGAGGUAAUUCACUGAAACGGGUGGAAGCUACCACCGGCUGCCGUGUAUACAUUAGAGGGAAGGGGUCAAUAAAGGACCCAGACAAGGAAGAGAAGUUGAGGGGAAGACCAGGCUAUGAGCACCUGAAUGAUCCACUCCACAUCUUAAUCGAAGCUGAUCUACCUGCCAAUAUAGUUGAAAUGAGGCUGAGACAGGCGCAGGAAAUUAUAGGGGAACUUCUCAAACCUGUGGAUGAGUCGCAAGACUUUAUCAAGAGGCAGCAAUUGCGGGAACUAGCCAUGCUCAAUUCGAAUUUCAGAGAGGACAGUCCUGGACCAAGUGGUAGUGUCUCUCCUUUCAAUACGAGCGGAAUGAAACGUGCGAAAACAGUACGCUGAGAGAUCAUGCCGGCUCCCAUAUCAUAUUUACCACCUUAUUGGUUUCCAUCCUGCCACAAGAUUGCAUGGGUACAGCUUCCAGUACAUCUCAGUGCAGCACAGUUACAAAAAGAAUAGACUAACAGUUAUUGCUGGUGAGCUUUCUGGUGGGGGUUUCUUUUAUUUUCGUUUAUUUUUUCUCCCAAGAUAAAAGGACAAAAUCGAAAGCAUUAAAAACAGAAAAAAAAAAGAGAAUUAUAUAGCUGGUUCUUGAAUUUAGGCUUGCUGAGGUCAGUUCUCUUUUUUUCUUAUUUUUCCUUUUUCCCUUUUCUCUUAAAUGUAAACUUGAUACAUUCAUUGGAUUUAUUCUUGUGUUAGCAGCUAUGAGGAGUGUGGGAAUAUAUAUAUCAAAUGUGGCAAGGGCUAGGUAUUAAAAGACAAUGAAUCUUGAGUUUUGUAGUUGUCAUCAUUUUGCAUAGUGUGAUAAAAAAAAAAGUAUUGAAUUGAAAUUGCAACUUCUUUAUUACUAUUA